UUGCUGAACAGGUGUAAACCUUUAUAUUCCCUUAACGAGUCCGCCUUCCGUGUUUCCCUUGGCUGUUUUGGGGGCGAAAACACAGAGGGUGAAGGCGCAGAGGACGGCGGCCUCAGUCCCGGACCGCGCGCACCGCUGGAGGCAGUCGAGCUGCAGAGCGGAGCCUCUGUGUGUGUGAAGCAACUCCGGCUGAUGUUUGCGGCGGAGAGGAGAGACGAGACGAGGAGAGGAGAGAGACGGACGGGGAGAGCGGGAGCUGUGGUGGGCAUGACAUUUGAGCAAAGUCUGAACAGGAACAACGCGCCGCCUAAAGUAGCCAUGUCUGCGGCACGGCGCUCCGCUGGACUUCGCACAGGUGAAUCAGAACUCCGCAGUGGCUUCAAGCCCCGCUUCUUCCGCCGCUGAACGGGGAUUCAGAGGAGGGAGCAGAAGCGACGAGGCAGAGCCCGCUUCACCCCGCUGCGGACUGGCAGGUGCAGCCGCCAGGAGAGAGGGGCGGAGGGAGGCUGAGCUGCUGCCUAAUUAACUCCCCGACGAGCGAGAACGCGGGGACGGCUUGAGGAAACAGGUGCGCACCGGAGAGGACACCAUGUCAAAGGAGACAAAAGGAAGAGGUGUGGGGCGAAAGCACAGCGCCUCCCACUGGCGUUUGCAGAACAUCGCACAGGAAUCCGUGGAAAGCUCCGAUGAGGAGUUCUUUGACGCCAGAGCAGAUGUUAUGGAGGGGAAGAGCGCCAUUCUGCUGGGCAUGAGUCAGUGGAACUCAAACGACCUGGUGGAGCAGAUCGAAACUCUAGGACAUAUGGAGGACCAGUCUCAUGAAGGUCUGUACCAGCUCGGCGGUCCAUGCUGCGCCCCUCAGAGCAGCAUUGAAGGUUUGGACGAUGCAGAGAGGAAAUGUAAAACCCACGUGCUGCUGCUGGCGGUGCACGGUGGAAACAUCCUGGACACGGCCGGUGGCGACCCGAGCACAAAGGCUGGCGAUGUGGCCACGCUGGCCUCGGUGCUGGAGAAGGUGACCCGGGCGCAUUUCCAGGCCGCCGAGGAGCAUGUGAUGAUCAAACUGGUGCCGUGUCCGGCCGUGUGUGCCGAAGCCUUCUCUCUAGUGUCCAACCUGAACCCGUACAGCUACGACGAGAGCUGCGUGUCGAGCAGCGUGGACCACCUGCCUCUGGCGGCGCUCCCGCUCCUCGCCAUCGUGUCCCCGCGCUACCAGGACGCCGUGGCGACCGUCAUCGACCGAGCCAACCAGGUCUACCGCAGCUUUCUGCAGUCUGAGGACGGCCAGGGAUUCACCGGCCAGGUUUGCCUGAUGGGCGACUGCGUGGGCGGAGUGCUGUGCUUUGACGCUCUGUGCUUCAGCAACCACCCGAGGCCCGGCAGCCCCAACAGCAGCAGCAGGAACAACAGCACAGAGAGCCUGAAGGACAACUCGAACCGGCUGCGGGAGUCGAGUCCUGGCCUGAGCUCCAGCAAGAGGCUGAGCAAGAGCAACAUCGACAUCUCUGCUCCCAACGAAGGCCAGGGCGGCCCGUCGCUCAGCCGCAAGCAGAGCGACUCCUACGACGGAGACACCUCUUCCACAGGCCAGCACAACUUUUUUUCCAGUUUGCUGAAGGAGGGUGUCGAGGUGCGCGGUGGCAGCAGCACCAGUCUGGUGUUGAAUCCAGGCCGGUUCGACUUUGAGGUGUCGGACUGCUUCCUGUUGGGCUGCCCUCUGGGUCUGGUGUUGGCCAUGAGACGCACCGUGCUACCCGCUAUUCACGUGGGCCAGCUUCGCCCAGCCUGCUCCCAGAUCUUCAACCUGUUUUACCCCUCCGAUCCUUCAGCCUCCAGGCUGGAGCCCCUGCUGCAGCCUCUUUUCCACAAGCUGCCGCCGUUCGCCGUGCCGCGCUACCAGCGCUACCCUCUUGGAGAUGGGCGCUCGCUGCUCAUCGCAGAAAGCAUCCAAAGCAACCCGGGUGUGUUUCUGGAAGGUGACAAAUCCCACGGCGGUCCAGCUUCACCGCAUUCCUGUGAGACGAAGACGGACGGAGGAGGAGAAGGAGGCGGCGAGGCGAGAGGUCAUAGAGGCAGCGUGACCAGCGUGGAAAGCGAAAUGUCAUUGUGCUCCAUGAACCAACUGGGGAACACCAUCGCUAACAUUUCCAGCAGCUGGUGGGGCUCCAAGAGGCUGGACUUCGCUUUGUACUGCCCCGACGUGCUCACCGCCUUCCCCACAGUAGCUCUGCCCCAUCUCUUUCACGCCUCCUACUGGGAGUCCACCGACGUUGCUGCGUUUGUUCUCCGUCAGCUCAUGCGGUGCGACUGCGUGCGGACGCAGGAAGCAGACCACCUGGACUCGGCUCCGUUUUCUCCUUCCAGCCCACGUGAGAAAUGGCUCCGGCGGAGGACGCAUGUCAAGCUAAGGAACGUCACCGCUAACCACAGGGUGAACGAUGUCAUAGCAACAGAGGACGGACCUCAGACGUUAGUGGGCCGCUUCAUGUACGGACCCUUGGACAUGGUUACUCUAACCGGAGAAAAGGUCGACAUCCUGGUGAUGACUCAGCCUCAGUCUGGCCGCUGGGUGCACUUUGACAUGGAGGUGACCAACAGCAGUGGCAGGGUCACGUACACCAUUCCCAAAAGCAAGAAGCUCAGCUUGGGAGUGUAUCCAGUAAAAAUGGUGGUCAAAGGCGACCAGAGCAGCGCUGAGGCCUACCUGACCGUGUUGCCGCGGGGCAUGGAGUGUGUGGUGUUCAGCAUCGACGGGUCUUUUGCUGCCAGCGUGUCCAUUAUGGGGAGCGACCCCAAAGUCCGGCCCGGAGCCGUCGAUGUUGUCAGGCACUGGCAGGACCUCGGGUAUCUAAUCAUCUACAUCACCGGUCGGCCUGACAUGCAGAAGCAGCGCGUCGUGUCUUGGCUCUCGCAGCACAAUUUCCCGCACGGGAUGAUCUUCUUCUCUGAAGGCUUGGUUCACGAUCCCCUGCGACAGAAGACCAUCUUCCUUAAAAACCUCAUACAGGAAUGUCACAUCAAGAUAAACUCUGCUUAUGGCUCCAUGAAGGACAUCUCUGUUUACAACAUGUUGGGCCUCAGCCCCUCACAGAUUUACAUCGUGGGCAGACCUUCGAAGAAGUACCAGAAUCAAUGCCAGUUCCUGAGCGAGGGUUACGCAGCCCACCUCUCCACGCUGCAGUUUGGACACAGAGCGCGGCCCAAGAAGUCCCCGUCCGUCCGCAUGGUGCUGAGGAAAGGCUCGUUCGGCCUCUCCGCCAAGCCCGACUUCCUGUGCAAGCGCACCCACCUGCGGAGGACGAUGUCAGUCCAGCAGCCCGAUCCGCCGUGUGCGCCCAACCCCAAACCGGAGCGAGCCCAGAGCCAGCCGGAGUCGGACAAGGACCACGUUGGGGGAGGGUCCGGGGGAGUCGGGCAGAGUGCGUGGGGACGAGCCUCCAUGCACCGCGGGGACACCACGCCCUGACACCAACAUGGCAGGAGUUCAGGAGGAAAGAAGAAGAAAACUAAUGGGUCUUGGUGUCCAGGGCCAAGAGUCUGCUGACACUUCUGGCUGCUGUACCUUGGUGUUUGCUGGCAGUUAAGCUUCACCUCCUACUUGGCCCUCGACACUUUUUCCACUCGAUGGAUUUCGUUUCGUGAUAUUCUCUAUAGAUGAGUUCAGUCUUCUGAAUUUAAAACAGUCGCGAAGUUGUUUUCUUUUGGCAAAUAAUUGUUCCGAGCUCAAAUGCUAUCUAAAUGUAAAAUUUGACCAAUGUGGCUAUGACUAUGAAUUUACUGGCAUCUUGUAUUGUGUGUCGAAGAGCAUUCAGCCUGGGAUGAAAGCAGUGGACGUUUCUCCAGACUAUGGAAUGGAAUCGUUUUGGUUCCGUUCAAAGGUACGGCUCAGUGCCGACUCCAGCCGGCACUGAGCCGCUCUGCCGAUGUAAAUAUGCAGCUCUCACUCACCCCCCAUGCUUGGGCCUCUGGACACAGGAGUUCUGUGACAUUUUGGCUUAAUCUCUACAUGAGUUGUGCGGCCUGCGGCGCUCCAAGUAUCCAAUCUCUGCCUCUGCUUCUUUUUUUUUUCUUUUUUUACUCCCACUCACAUCACUACUGAUUCAUCCUCCGUUCCAAGCAGAACAGCAGAUCGCGCAUUACGACGGCAGACAGCGGCGCCUGGUCUGGAGUCUUUGAAGAGAGACACGGCUCCGCUCCCGCCGAGGUCACUUUUGUUUUUCUGUUUUUUGGGGUUUUUUUCACUAAAGCGCCGUAUUCUGCACAGUCGCUGCUUGGUGGUUGAAAGAAUAAAUGUUAUGAAUUAUGCCUAAACAUGUUUACAGGUUAUAAAGCGGUCGUGACAAGUGAUGAGAGUUUUCUCAUUGUAACCAGCUUUAUUAGCAGCUUUACUUCACUCGCUUGUUCGGCGCCAUUAGCUAGCUAAGCCCACGGACUUGAUCCACUGAAAAAUCGGCCCGGAACGCCCCUGCAUUUAUUUAUUACUGCUGCACUGAAAACUCGAGUAUUUAUGCUGAAAUCCGACAGUCUUGUGCACUUGAAGUUUUACGUGGUUAUGUUUGGAAAAAUGUGUGCAUAUUUUUCUAUGGGGAAAUACUGUAAAUAGGAAUAUUUUCAAUGUAUGUUUUUAGAUCUGUGUUGAACUCUUUUCAUUUUAGCCUUAAAUUGUUUACUUAUGUUGUGGAGCAUUUGUUCCUACCAUCAAUCCUGGCAUAAAGUGCAUUAAUGUCGACGUUUGACAGGUUUUAGAUGCCGUGGUUGCGUGUGUGUGUGGGCGUGGGCGUGUGUGUGUGUGUGCGUGUGCGUGUGUGUGCGUGUGCGUGUGUGUGUUGGUGAAUAUUUAGAGAGUCUAAACGUCUCUGCAGAGGAAUCAGAGAAGGACGAAGAAGCCGAUGAGGAUCUAUCUGCAUGUUCUCUUUGCAGCUCCACUGCCAGUUUUUUAGGAACAGCGCAUGGAUUUUUGUGGCUCUGGAAAGAAUCAGUAGGGCAGAGGAGGAUUACCCAACUGAGUCUUUUAUACCUGCUAUAAAAGGAGAGGGGAUUAUGCCGUCUUAUGGUGUCUUGUUUUAAAUAAAAAUCUGUGCAACGAAUGAUUUGUGCAAUCCAGAAGGGAGGAUUAUUGUGAAACUUUUUCUUUCCCUUCCUGUAGCCUGCAUAAAGUUUGACUUUUGGAUUAUUGCUAUGUAUGACUGAGUGUAGUGCUGCCUCUGAAAUAACACUGCACCAGUUAUUUCUUGAUAAAUGUACGGUUAUUGUAAGAAAAAAGAAAAUAACUUUAAAACGUAUGUGUUUUUUGUUUUGUUUUUUUGGAUGUACAGUUCCAGUGAGACGUUUACGAUAUUCCACCUCGCAGUGAUGCAUAAAAACCAGACUUUUUUUUUUCAGUGUGGAAUGAUGAUACAGCAAACAACUUCAGUGAUUUUAAAAACAAGAAAUGCCUGAAUUGUGGAUUAUUUAUUUAUUUAUUUUACAACUUAAACACAACAGUCUUUUCCAGCAUCCCGUCAAAGUUUUUCAAAGCAAAAUUUAACCUUUAACCCCUGGUGGACCAAGAGUAGGAGGGUUUUUCUGUCCAUCACUGUUGUCUCCAGUCAUUUCUGCACCAAAUUUAUGGUACCAGAAACGCACAAAUGCAAAAGUUCUGGCCGGAAACGAAAACCUCAACGUGUUAAAAUCUGUGUAAUUAAUACACCAAAAUGAACACGUUAGUCCUGAACGUUGUGUUCAGUGAAGCUGUUUGUUGUAUAAUCGCUGCUCCCCAAAAAAAGAAAGGUGUGAAGGCUUUAUUAUUAACAGUAGAUUCACACCCAUAAUGAAUGUAUGUAAAUAUCUGACCAGAACUGUACAUGUUGUUACUGAAGCAGCCAAAUGAACAUUCCCAUUAUCAACACACACCUUAAAUAAAUAUAUUCUGUGCAGCCUGUAAUGCAUAUUUCAAGUUUUAUACUAUGAAAUAUAAAAAAAACAGUUAUUAAAUGGCAAAUAACAAUCUAAUAGUUAUUUGUAUUGUGAGUGAUCAUUAUUUAUAUUCUUUACAGUGUUUGUGGUUCUACUGAGCAAAUAAAAAAAUAACCACAAAAUUUAUGGAAAACGGGAUUAAAACCAGUAAAAUGAACAUCUUAAUUAGAACUUUAAUUUAUUACAAGUGAAUGAGUCUUAAAAUGAAAAAAAAAUGCACAUAUCUUUCGGUUACAAGGGCAUUACUGUGAUGUUACCUCUUAGUUUCACCUCAAACUUAUUUAAUUUGCAAACAUUCUGGGCAGUACAGACACAAAUCAACGACAGAUAAUAUCAAAUAAUAUUGUCGAGCACAUAUGAAAUAAAGGAUAUUGUCAACUUAUAGACCUUCACGCCUCAUGACUUAACUAUUGGUAAUUUGCCAUUUAUUAACAACACAUGACGUGAGCUUUACUGUAAUCUAAUCUUUGAAUCAAAAACAAAUGAAAUUCCUCUAAUCUACAAAAUUAUUUUUUGUACAGCUCUCCUGUUGAGAUGAACAUGUGGUUGUGUUUCUCGGGCUCGGUCCGUCUUUCACAUAAAUAAAGAUAUUUCAUAGAUGAAA